AGAAGGAAACAGACAGUAAGUGACUGCCAGAGUCCCUGCCACCUAACUGUGGGGCAGAUCCUUUGAACUCCUGUUUUCUGAGCCCGGACUUAAGUGAUCUUUCCACACUGCCCCACACAGCUCAACAGGAAUGGUCUGAGAUUAUAGUAAAGGCAUUUUUCAGUUGUUCACUGGUUUUAAGAGAUUCCCCCUUUCCAGCACUUAAUUGUACCCUGAGUAGGGAACCAACACAUGUUACCGCACGUCAAGAUACCAAAUCCAAAGACAGCAUGUCCACAUUUCAACAGAUGACUAACGGCUUUUGGUAAUACUGUUUCCAAAGAAUGAAGCAUAAUGAACCACAUAAAUGACUUUUCUAGUUAACAAAAGUUUUAAUCUUUUUAUAAGCAUGUUAAAAAAAUUUUUUUUGUCUUUUGAGAAUCAAAGGGCCUUGUAAUUUAUUAUACCCUUAAUUUGACCUCUGAAAUAAGAUACACUGGACACACAUGUGAUGCUUUGUUGGUGACUUGGGACUCUGUCUGUGACAUCACUAGUACUGUGCUGUCCUCAACACUGAACACAUCAGGAAGGUGCAGUCAUGCAGGAAAACCUCAGAUUUGCUUCAUCCGGAGAUGAUAUUAAAAUAUGGGAUGCUGCUUCUAUGACAUUGGUGGAUAAAUUCAGCCCACACACAUCACCACAUGGAAUCAGCUCAAUGUGUUGGAGCACCAAUAAUAACUUUCUCGUGACAGCGUCUUCCAGUGGCGACAAAAUUGUUGUUUCACAUUACAAAAAUAAACCUUUUCUACUUUUCGAGCUUGGUGAAGGGCAAAAGCAAACAUGUGUCAGUUUAAAUUCCACAUCUAUGUAUUUGGUAAGUGGAGGCCUGAAUCACACUGUUAACAUUUGGGAUUUAAAAUCAAAAAGAGUUCAUCGAUCUCUUAAGGAUCAUAAAGAUGAAGUAACUUGUGUCACAUAUAAUUGGAAUGAUUGCUACAUUGCUUCUGGAUCUCUCAGUGGUGAAAUUAUUUUGCACAGUGUAACCACUAAUUUAUCUGGUACUCCUUUUGGCCAUGGCAGUAACCAGUCUGUUCGGCACCUGAAGUACUCCUUGUUUAAGAAAUCACUACUGGGCAGUGUUUCGGAUAAUGGAAUAGUAACUCUCUGGGAUGUGAAUAGUCAGAGUCCAUACCAUAACUUUGACAGUACGCAUAAAGCUCCAGCUUCAGGCAUUUGUUUUUCUCCUGUCAAUGAAUUGCUAUUUGUGACUAUAGGCUUGGAUAAAAGAAUCAUUCUUUACGACACUUCAAGUAAGAAGCUAGUGAAAACUUUAGUGGCCGACACCCCUCUAACUGCAGUAGACUUCAUGCCUGAUGGAGCCACUUUGGCUAUUGGAUCUUCCCGGGGGAAGAUAUAUCAAUAUGAUUUAAGGAUGUUGAAAUCACCAGUUAAAACCAUCAGUGCUCACAAGACAUCUGUGCGAUGUAUAGCAUUUCAGUACUCCACUGCUCUUUCUAAGUCAAGUUUAAAUAAAGGCUGUUCAAAUAAGCCCACAGCUGUGAACAAACGAGCCAUUAAUGUGAGUGCUACCAGUGGAGGAGUUCAGAAUUCUGGAAUCGUCAGGGAAGCAGCCACCACUCCUAUUGGCACGGCUUUACCACAGCCCAUGACAACAGCCGGGGGGAAAGGAGCAGUUGCUGUUCAAGACAAAGCAGGUUUGCCUCGAAGCAUAAACACUGAUACUAUAUCUAAGGAAACGGACAGUGGGAAAAAUCAGGAUUUCUUCAGCUUUGAUGAUACCAGAAAAAGUAGUUUAGGUGACAUGUUCUCACCUAUCAGAGAUGAUGCUGUGGUUAACAAGGGAGGUGAUGAAUCCAUAGGCAAAGAUGGCCUUGAGUUUCUACCACAAUUGAAUUCAGUCCUUCCUCCAAGAAAAAAUCCAGUAGCUUCAGGCACUUCAGUAUUACAUUCUAGUCCUCUUAAUGUCUUUAUGGGAUCUCCAGGGAAAGAAGAAAAUGAAAAUCAUGAUCUGACAGCUGAAUCUAAGAAAAUAUAUCUGGGAAAACAGGAACCUAAGGACUCCCUCAAACAGUUUGCAAAGUUGAUUUCUGGUGCUGAAACUGGAAAUCUGAAUACCUCUCCAUCAUCUCACCAAACAAGAAGUCCUGAGAAGUUUGAAAAGCCAGAGAAAGAAAUUGAAGCUCAGUUCAUUUACGAACCCCCCCUCAUUGGAUCCUCAACUCCAAAUCCAAAGAUAGCAUCCUCUGUCACGGCUGGAGUUGCCAGUUCACUAUCAGAAAAAAUAGCUGAUACCAUCGGAAAUAAUCGGCCAAAUGCACCACUGACAUCUGUUCAAAUCCGUUUUAUUCAGAACAUGAUACAGGAGACAUUGGAUGACUUUAGAGAAGCAUGCCAUAGAGACAUUGUGAAUUUGCAAGUGGAGAUGAUUAAACAGUUUCACAUGCAAUUGAAUGAAAUGCACUCUUUGCUGGAAAGAUACUCAGUGAAUGAAGGUUUAGUGGCUGAAAUUGAAAGACUACGAGAAGAAAACAAAAGACUGCGGGCCCACUUUUGAAAUUUCAGUGAAUACCUUAAUGUUUUAUAAUUUGGGAAGCUUCUGGUGGCAGAACUGCAUGGAAUCAGUAUUGUUUUCAUCGUCUCUGGGAAAAAAGUUUUUUUCAAGUAAAAUGGUGAUGGGAUUUUAUACCAACCACUAUUUCACCUUCUCUGUCAAAGAUAUUUAUAUUUUUAUAUUAAAAACUGUACAACAUGUCAUCUGCCUAACAGGAAAGUCAACAGGAUCUUUAAUUUCUGAAAGCUUUAGCUAUACACUAAGUGCCCUUUUCCGUAAGAAAUGAAAAUUGUGCGAAAAAAAUAGGUUAUGUAUGUUUUUUAAUCACCUUUUUUAGCAGAUAAUAUUUUUGAUUGACAAUUGCCUUCCAAAUUUUUUUGGAUGUUUGAGGAUUAAAGAGUUUGAUACGCCUUCUAUUUUUAUGGUGAAAGCAAUUUUUAAAUGGCAGUUGGUGUUUCUAAGCAAUUGACUAGUAAAACACAAGGUUGGUUAGUAAUUAUUUUGUUAACUUGAUAAAGUCAAGUAUGACUAUUAUUUAUUACUUGUACAUUUCAUAAGGGAAUUUUGGAUUGCACAGAUUAUUAUAUAUCUAUUGCAUUUAUAUGUUUUGUACUUCUCACAAAUCUCUACUCCUGUUUGGUAUUUUUUAGCUAAUUUCACCUUACCUAUGAAAACGUUUAGGGGUUUAUAAGACUUGACUAGAACUGCAUAUCUGCUGAUUAUCUUAUGAAUUAAUAACAUGCAAAGUUAUUCUGUAAAGUUGUAAUCAACAUGAUUCAACUUAUAAUCAGUGAAAAUGUUAUAUUAGAUGCUAAGUAUUCAGUAUUAGUCCCAUUUUUUCCCUUCCAAAUGAGAAGUGUGAAUUAUUUUGUUUUGUGGUUUAUAUCAUUAACUUUCUCUAAUUCUGUGUGUGCUGUGUGUAAUGUUUUUAUGCUACUGACCUUACUAUGAAAUUUAGAAAGGUUAACUGUCAAAAGAAUUCACAGCUCUCUGGUACCCGCUAUGAUAUACAGUCUUGGUGAUACAAGAUUAGGAGGGCUACUGGCUUCUUUACCUUCUUGUAGUCUCUUGUCCCAAAGAUUUAAACUAUAUACUCUAUAUACAGCACUCCUACCCAGUUUGACUUCUGAGGUAAAAAUAUUUACUAAAAUAAAAAGGAAAUCUAGCUAGUUUACUAACUUUAUGAUUUUCCAAAGUGGUAGAAGUUUUAAGGAUAUAUUUAAUAAGUGUAAACGUCCUAAUAAUUACUUCAGGAAAUAAAAACAAAUAUUACUUUUUCCCAGUGUGGCUCAGAGAAUAUGUUUGUGUUGAAAACGUGUAAAUGAGUGCUGAUGUUAUCUUUUUUCCUGACAGAUUAUUGGAAGCAUUAUGAUUUGUAACAAGUUGCCUUGUAUAUCAUUAUCAAACAGGUUUAGAAAACAUAAAAGUGUGUUCUGCCUACAGGCUGUAUUUAAGUCCAUUAAUAUUUCCUAUUGCCUUUUUCUGUAAAUGCACAUAAUGUGUAUUAAAAGAGGUAGGAUAAAUAAAACAAUUUUAGUAAUCGUAUGCAUAUAGAUGAAACAUUUUGUCAUGGAAUUUAAAAGUUAAAUACAAAAAAUAAAAUGUUUAUAUGGUAAAAAUGAG